AAACUCUUUCUCUUCCAUUCCCUCGCCAAACUAAAACCCUAACUGACGUUUUCAGUCUGAGCUCCGGAGAUGCCAGGCAUGUCGCCGGAAUCCGGCACCGGAGUCAGCAGUGUUGGCGGUGACUUGGUGCCGUUUGCGGCAGAGACGCAAGCUCCGGCUGUGUAUCCUCUCUGUCACGGCCUCAAGUCUCCGGUUCAUCGGCUCUCCAUCUCGUGGGGAUGCGGCAACAACCUGCGCGUCACAGUUUUGCGGCGGCCUAAAUCGUGCGAUGAAGACGGGGAAGCUGGUGGGGAGGUGCUGAACGUGAGGCUUGGCGGCGGAGAUGAUGAGAUCGGGGAGGCGCAGUGGCGGAGGAUCGCUUAUGGUUCGGUUUCUCCGUUUGCGCUUCUGCAGAGUAGGAAGAACGCGUUUUCCAGUUUGUCGAAGAUGAAUAUUAGUCCCUCUCAGUACCAAAAUGGGUGGUGGGAAUACGUAAUGGAGUAUAGCAAGGACAUUAAAUCGCUCCUUUGUAGUUCAAAAUCUUCGGGAGCGCCUUUGAUUGAAGACCCUAAAGCAGUUGUUAAGACUGCCGAGCAACCGACUUCUUUGAAGGCUGCAUGGGAGCUGAUGGAAAUAUUUUAUGCAGACAAACCGUCUCUAUCUUGGCUGCCAGAACAGCUUGUUGACUGGCUUGCUGAUUAUGAUAUCCUCUUUUCAUCUUCACAUCCAACUAUUUACUCGAAGCUUGUGGAUUUCCAGAAUGAACUUGUUGGCCUACAGGUCGUAGAGGAUGAUCCAAGAUAUUGGGAAGUGAUGUCUUCUGCUCUGUCCGUUGGUUGGUUAGAGAUAGUGGUGAAGUUAUUGCACUUGCAUGGUUCUUAUCAACUAGAUCAGCUAGGAAAUCGUGAGAUAGAAAAUGGUCUGGUUGAGGCUAUAGCUGUGCUUAUUUCAAAAAUGCCACGGAUGCGUCCACAACAAGAAGCUGGGAAGUUUGGUGAAUGCUUCCCAGCAAAGCCUGACUUUAUGAAGACUCGGGAAAAAUGGCAUGCUCAGAUUACUAAGCUGGAGUGCAGUGCCUUUUGGGUUCAAUGUGCUCACCAUCAGACCCGGGAGGGCUUGAGAAAUAUGUUGAAAGUCAUGAUGGGAAACACCGAUUGCCUCUCAGCUGCUACAAGUAAUUGGAUGGAGCUUUUUGUUUCGCACUUUCUAUAUGUCAGGCCCUUCACGACGGGAUUAGAUAGCAUGCACAGCCUUGCUCAGAAGUGCAUUCAGUUGAAACCAUUCAAUGGUUCCCAUAAGUUGAUGAGACUACUUAUUGGAAUUCUUGGAGAAAAUGCCGAGGUUGUACUAGCGGAAUGUUCCAAAGGAUUUGGUUCCUGGAUGGUUGCCCAUGCCAUGGAAUUGUUGACAGCUGGAAACGAUGAAGGAGAAAUUUUCCUACACGAGGAGCAACGUAAUCUGGGAGGAAUUACCAUAGAAGAGCUUAAUAGACUUGUUUAUGCUCAAGUUCUUUCUUCACAUGCCUUGACUUGGCAGAUAGCUCCAGUUUACUUGGCAUCAUGUGAAAAACAGGGAUUGGGAUUAUUAGAAAUGUUGUUCUACAGGCAGCACGUUCAACUCGAUCAGUUACUUAUUAAGAGUCUAGAGAUUUGCCGUCUAUAUGAACUCAACAAUGUUGGAGCCAAACUUAUGAAGAUUGCUGGAGUGCAUCACUGGAAACACGGUAAGAAAGGUUCGGGGAUUUUCUGGCUCCAACAAGCAGGAGAUGAGCAUCGUCUCAACAGGAUUUCUCAGCAGCUUUUUGAUUCUGUGGGGAAGUCACUUUCCGAUGAAAGUCUUGAGCAAUGGGAAGGCCUGGUUGAGUUGUUGGGUUCUGAAUCACAAAUUGCUGGCGGUCUUGACUUUUUACACAAGUACAGGGAUUUCAAGAGAUCACUGAGGCUGGUCCAAGAUGAAAAAAAUACAAAUGCUGCCCGGGAAGCAGUGGAGUUACUUGUAUCGCUUAUGAAGAACCCGACUACGCCCCCACACUUUUGGUUGCCUCUUCUGCAUGAUUCGUUGAAGCUUCUGAACUGGUCGGACUGCCCUCUGCUCAACGUCUCUCAGACCAACCUGUUGUUGAACAAACUACAAGAACUAUCAAUGGUAAGGCUACGACCUGGUGGUGGCUUCACCGAACCUGACUUGCCUCCUCAAGCUGUUGGUUCGGUCAGGCUCGCUCUUGCUACCAAUCUUGGUCGUGCCAUUCUGGACGAAUGUUGAACCGAAAACUCAUCAUCUAUAACCCGAAACCGAAACUGGUUGGUUCAGAACUAAUCGGAGGAACAUUUGUUGUGAAACCCAUUCGUUGUAUACCCAAAGAAAGAGCCAAACUGUUGAAGAGAGAUUACUAGAAAAUCAACAAGCAUAUCAAGCUUUGAAAAGAACAACGAACAAGUGAUUUAUCCUUGUAUUCUCCAAACAAAUAACAAAUCAUAUAAAAGAAUAUAUAAUAGCACCUCUAUAUAAUAUGUAUA